AUGAUGGAGGACGAUGACGAGGCCACCAUGCGCGAGAAGUUCCGGCGGCUCGGGGAGUUCAUCGAGCGCGGAGGGAUGUCCAUCCGGGAGAUCUCCGCGGAGGCCUCGGACCUGGACGCCCGCCUCCAAGAGGUAUCCGGGGAGCUCGUGGACGAGAUCCGACCCGACGUGGCGGCGGACGCGCAGCGGAUGGCGGCGAAGCCGGGCUCCAUCGCCAAGGAAUGGGGACAUCCUCGAGCGCAUAGACAUGACCGCGGGGCGGAGUGUGGAGGAUCAGCUGCAGGCCGUGCGGGACGGGCUGCUCGCGGAGCUGUGCGCGCCGCGGCAGCAGCGGAGCGCGACAACGGGUCGAAGAGCCGGCACGGCACGAAGGGCCUCGGCGAAGACGCGGCGCCGGAUCCCAAGGCCAAGGUCAUCCCCGUGCAGCUGGUGAUCAACGGGGCGCGGCCCCCGCGCCGCGCGACUUCGCCGCGGGCCAGCCGCCCACGGUGCUCUCGGUGGAGACCUCGGGCGCGCUGCAGGCGUGGAACAACGAGCACCCGGAGCUGCAGGUGCUCCCUGGCGACCAGAUACUCACGGAGGACCCAGCCUUCGUGUCCGGCCUCUUGGCCAAGCGGGUCUGGUCCGGGAGGCCGUUCGGAGAGUUCCAGCCGCCCAAGGGCAUCCUCAGGAUGUACGCGGUCCGCUCCGAGGCCAGCCAGGACCACGAGCUCGCCUCGCUCGGGGGGGGCGCCCUCGGCGGCUUCACUGUGGCGUCGCGCGUGGCGCGCCUGGCGUCGCGCGCUAGGGACGGGCGGAGGGGCGCGGCGGCGGACCUCUCCGCGGCCGCCGCCCUGGCGGGGCUCCGGGGCCGCGGCCUCGCGGAGCUGGAGAUGGCGGCGAGGCUGCACGCGGACGACCCCGAGGAGGAUCGACCAGGAGUACGAGUUCUGGCGCCACGAGGACGGCGGCCUGGACGCGGGGAAGACGCUGGCCAGCACCUUCGCGGCGGUCCAGCGGGCCGCGGCCGACCUGAAGGCCGCGGUGGAGGAGCUCGGCGACGCCUCGGAGGAGAGCGGGCAGCUGCUGCAGGAGUUCGAGGCCCUGGCCGCGGCGGCGAAGCUGGCCCUCCUGCGCGUCGACGAGCCCGUGCCGACGGCCGACCCCGACGCCGCCGAGCCCCCGCCGCCGGCCGCCCCGCCCGAGGAGCCCCGCAGCCCAGGCAAGAGCGCGACCCCCGCCAGCCCCGUGCGUCAGCCCUCCCGCGACCUCGACAAGUCUGGAGUCCUGCAGGAGACGAGAUGCGCAGGGGACCCUCCAGAUGACGCCGACCGUUCUCCAUCGUCCAGGCUCAAGCUCCGGAGCAAGCACGCAGAGGAGAAGCUGAGCCUCACCGUUGAGGAGGUGCGGUUCCGGGAGGAGCUGAGGGCGGACGAGCUGCCCAGGGAGCCCCCGCCGCAGGAGGUCGCUGCGACCGCGGAGGCGGUGACGCCGACCGAAGCCCACCUCGCCGAGGUCGCCAGGCUGGAGGACGCGUGGAGAGGGAGCGGGCCGCGAACGAGGUCGCCAGGGAGAACGUCUCGAGGCUGA